GCCGCCGCCACUGGAGAAAGUUGCAGCUGGGAGUGAAACAAUGCGGGACGCCUGCCAGGCAAAUGCCCCUUAAGCUGCUUUUGGCACUGCCCGGGGCGCGCCGACCUCUCGCCAACCCGCAGGAGCCGCCGAGUGCCGGUGUGUGUGGGGGGGGCGAAGGACCCCCGGGGUCUUUGGGGGUCCUGCCCUGUCCUCACCUCAGUCCAGGGGGCAGCCAUGGCUGGGGGGCAGCCGCUUCAGCAGCCCUGCUAGCCCUCCCUCCUGCUCUGUUGCCUGGAGAGCUGCUGAGACCCCCUCCCGGCCAGGACCAUGAGCGUGGGGAAGAAGAAAAGCGGGUUCCAGAUCACCAGCGUCACCUCGGAUUACGAGAAGGAGGGCCUGCCCGGAGGAGAUGCCAAGGGCCCCUCGGCCAGGCCAGUGGACGAGCCCUACCCGGUGGAAAACGGCAGUCACCAUCCCAGUGAUAGCGGGGCGCCCAAAAACGGGCCCUUGGCUCCAGGCUCCCCGGGUUCGGCCCCCUCACACCCGGGCUCCCUCGGCAGCGUCUCUGGUUCCCGCUUCCGUGUGGUCAAGCUGGACCAUGGCUUGGGAGAGCCGUACAGACGCGGGCGCUGGACUUGCCGGGACUUCUACGAACAGGAGAUGGACCACCACCUGGCGGGGCGGCUGGCAGACUCAAACCGGCAGCCUCAGUCCCUGGAUUCACGGCUGGAAGUGGCCGGCCUGCUGGCGAAGCCCUCCUCGCCCUUCAGCCCCCAGAUGCCACGCCGGGGAGGGCCCUGCCUGCAGUCCCUGCUGGUCCUCCCGGUGCCCACGGCCCCGGCCCACCAGGCCCGCUCUCUGGGGGGUGGCCUGCCUGUCCUCCGCUCCGUGAGGAGCCCCCCCAGCCCGGCCUCUCUCCAUAGCGCCCGAGGGGUGGCAGAGACACGGCCCCUGGCGCCGGAGGAAGGGGCCCCAGAGCCCGGAGACCCCCCGCAGCCCGGCAGCAUCCCGGUGGUGAGAGUGGAGGAGCAUCUGCUGCCCAAAAGUGUCACCCAGCUCAUCCCAAGGGAGGCGGAAGAGCGGCACAAGAUUUUGCCCCGGGAGACCCGCUCGCGCCCGUCUUCCCCGGCUCCCCUGCUCUUCCGCGAUGCCAGCCCCCACCGGAGGACCUCGGACCCCUUCGGCGUGGCCCGCUUCAACCUGGCCCGGUCGGUGUUUGGCAUGGGAGCCUCCCACGACAGCGACGACGACAGUGGAACCAACAGCAGCAUGAUCGCCAUCGACAACAAGAUUGAACAAGCCAUGGUGAGUCAAGAGGCAGGGCAGGAGGGAGGGUGGUGCUGGGCAGGCGGGCACGGCGCUUGGUGGGCCGAGGCGGGCUGCAGUGGGCAGCAGCUGCCAGCCCCUAACCCUUGGCACCAGCCAAAUCCAUUUCUUGGGUAACGUUUCUGGAGAUUCUCGGCCAUCCAGCUGGCUCACGGUGGUCCCAAAGGUGCUUUUUACACUCUCAACUGUUUUUCCUUGGAAAACAUUUCGCUCCCCAUCCAAGAAGAACCGAGGAAGCUUCCUGGAUGAGGAGGGAAAUGUUUUCAAAGGGGGAAAAAAAAACUCAAGACCGUCCAGUCGCCAUUUGAAAAAGCCUCUCUGGGGUUUUCUGGAUGGGAUUCUCCUGGCUUUAUAGGCCCCUGGCAAGGCCCAGAUGAGGUCACCGCUCCGGGGGUGAAAUGCCAACCGGUUUGGCCAAACUGGUAGUAAAAAAAUGCUACUGGUUCACAGAACCUG